AUGCUUGCUCAAUCGAUCCGGGCCUCGCGCCUCUCCAUUGCCCGUGUGGCCAGGCAGCAAGCCGUCGUUGCGCGCCGUACCUACCUCACCCCCACGGCCGUCCGCCAAGCCGACCUCGUCCAGGACAUGUACCUGCGUGAGCUGAAGAACUACAAGCCCACUCCCGUCAAGCCUUCGGACGCCGAGGGCCACGUCCAGAAGUUCGCGGCCCCCAAGGCUCCCCAGUCUCCCGAGGAGAGCGACCUUGCCAACGACCUGAAGGCGUACGAGACGCAGCAGGUUGAAGUUGAGGGUGGUGCUGCCGAGGGCGAGACGGCCGCCGUCGAGCAGGACUGGUUUGAGGAGGAGCAGGAG